UAUCUUGUCUGUCGUUGAUAAAUCAAACCGGAUAUAUGGCAUUGAAUUGCAUGAAUACCUGGAUAAACCACUGGGUAAACAAAUACGGUGCUCGAGGAAAGACGUGCGGCCUUGCAUCAGCAUCAGUGGCAUAAGCUAGAGGAGAAAUUGCAACCAAGUCAAUCAUGAAGGGGUAUCAGUACUUUCGCAAUAUGCUUGGGGAAAAUCUCAGUGAUGAAGACAUGCAAGUUAUAAAACACGGCAAAGGUGAACUGUAUUACCAUGUGAUGUUGAAAGAUGUACAGGCAUUUGCACUGCUUGGAAUGGUAAUUAUUGGGCCUGCUGUUCAGAUGAUCAGGGGACCAAGAACUCUUGCAGCAGUGCAGGCCACUGCUAUCAAGUAUGGAAAAUGUGGUGCUGUUCUUGGAAUUCCAGCUGGUGCUUUCAUGAUGUACAUGAGGGAACGUGGUGCAAACAUUGAUGCUGAUGGUUAUUAUGAUCGUGCUUACAGACUAAGGAAAAAUAGGAACCAAGUUCGUGUGGACAGAGGCAGUUACCUUGGGGCACUUGCUGGAGUAGGAGGUGCUUUAGGUAUGGGGGCAUCUGUUUCCUCAGGUGCAGUUGUUGGAAUGGUAGGAGGCACAAUUCUUGCUGGAAUUUACAAUAGUAACAAAGACAAACAUGUUUAAAACUUAUUAAUAAGAAUUUUUCAAAGCAAUUUUAGGAAAAGUGCUGUUAUUCAGAUUAUGGACACAUUGGAACCAUUUAUUUCAUAUCUUUCUUUACUGAAUUCAUCAACAUUCUUUAUUGUUUGUUAAUGUAACAUAAUUGAGCCUGCUAACGAUAAUCGUGAUAAACAAAAACAAAAAAGUAUUGGAAAAAGGCACAUAUUUUUAAACAAUGUAUAUUCAUGUAUCAUUUUUUGAGAAAAAAAUUAAUUUGGAAACUUAUGAACUGGUAUUGAAAUGGCUGAAGCUUUUUUGUCAAUUAUUAUCAUUAUUAUCAUAAUUAUUAGUCUUUUUAAGUCAUCUAGACACUUUCAAGUCCUGUGUAACUGUGUUUUCACAAUGUUUGUUUCCUGGACGCACUAUUUUCAGCAUCUUUAAAAGACAGAUUCAUAGCUUUGAGACCUUGUGAAGCUACAUCUUUCCACACUCUGCUUUGCUUGUUUGAACCAUCAACAGUUAGAGUUAUACACUUUUUGAUCCAUGAUGAACUGCGUUCAAUAGUCCAAACCAUCCCAUUGUAUUGCAAUGUAGUACAACAUCAAGACUUUGUAGGUGUAAUUUUUAAUGUGGAGGUCAGAUGUACUAAUUCGUUCACUCCAAUUGACAUUACACAUGAUACAUAUAGUGACACCCACAGCACCAUUGCUCUUUUAUUACGCUUUAGCUUGUUUAAAUCGUCCCCCCCCCUCCCCUUUAAAACCCAACAUUUGGAUGCAUGCAGCAUGACACCUCUAACGCAAUUUCUGUAGUUAUAACCACAAGUUUUUGGUGAGAUUGCCUUACAUGUGAGAAUGGGCAAAAGUAAAGUUUUAAAAAGGCUGAUGUUUAGCAAAUCGGUGUUGGUUGUUCACUGGAUGCAAGCAUUCUAGAAAUGUAUCUGAGUAGUGUACUCUUCGGCAGCACCUUGGUGGUGAAUGAGAACGUAAAUAAGAAACCUUUGUUAUUUCAAUGAUAAAAUCUGUGUAACCUACAUUCAGUUUCAGCUUAAUUGCAAAAAAUAACAACAAUAAGGGAGGGUAUAUCAUGCAAUAAAACAUUGGUAUUUGUUAAAAGUAAAUACCAGACAAAAAGAUACUCAAAUAUAUCUUCUUAAAGACAUCACUAGUCAGCUUAAAUUACUCACAUUUAACUAUUUUAUUUUGAGGCCUGGUGGAAUUAGAUUAAUGUUAUGCUAUUCCACAUGUAGCAUGUUUACAGCUGAUGAUUUGCAAAGAAGUUUGGAAAGUGUGACAUUCUGAUCACAGAUCUUUUAUCAAAAACAAGAGCUCUAAACCAGCAAUCCCACAAAAAGCUUAAAAUCAAAAUAUUUUUCUUGAAGGAGAAAGCAACUUUAAAUAGCAACCAAUAGUAAAAGAACAUUUGCGUUUUCUCACAGGCUGAUAGUGCUCUACAAACAAUAAAAUUUUGUUCCAAAUUAUAAAAGAAAUGAUAAUUUUCAGGGCAAUGGUGUAUUUGUAAAAAAGCUUGGAUUAUUAUAAUGUCGUUGAAAGUAGAGAUUUCUAGUUGUCCUAGAAAGAUUAAAACUUCUUUACUGCAGUAAUGAAGAAUGAAAUACAAUUGUGUUUCAUUUACAGUUUACAAAUUCAGUUCCCCUAGCUGUUUGCUGUUGAUUUGCUUUGAUGUUAUCUUUGCUUUGCAGCAGUUUUGACACAUCUGCACAAAGUGCAUACGGAAUCAUCAAUCAUGUACUGUGUUGAAACAAGUCGUGGAAUUGGCUUGAACCUCUUGCAAAUAAACUAUACUUAAUCUAAUCCAACACAAACUUCUAAUUUCCUUCCUUGGCAGCUAAGGCACAAAGAAAAAGAGGACAAUGUCAUUGAAUUUAUCUUUGUAUGAUUUAAAGAAGCAAUAUAAUCUGCAUAAAUCGUAUAGAUUGUCAUUAAACAUGUUCAAAUCUUUGUGUAUAUGGCAAAGCUGCAAGCCCAAAACAGCUUAUGCAUAAGAUUGUAUCUACUCAAAUGGAGCAGGUCGCUGUGGCAAGUGGUCUGGUAGCAUGUACGUGAUGUCAUCCCAAGGAUGCCGAUACAACCCUUGUUUCAAACGGCGCUGAUCCAAAAAGUGACCUGUGAGAUGGAAUGCAUAAAAAUGAACAACUUGCAAAAAGCUAAAAUUAUAAAACAUAGCAGAGAUUUUCGUCUGACACAUUUUAGUGUGUAAAACCUCUGAGCAUUUAUCAAAAACUCUGAGCUAGGAAAUUGAUGUACCCAGUUGAGGAUCGAAAAGUUGCGAAUGCAAGGCAAGAAUAUCCCCGUUACGUCAUUGCUCACGUUUUCACACUGACCUUUUUCGAUCCACACGUGGGUAUAUCAUUAUUGUUGGCACGUUUAGCUGCAGUUUACAAUCAAGGGCGGCUUAUAAACGAGGGUGGCCUACAGUAUUCUAUCAAGAUCCUGCCAAGCUGUCCUGCUUCCUUGAAACUGAGGGAGCUAAUGCAGAAGAUAAGAACACUUCUGGGUGCUAUUGAUCAUCCCAUGAUGGACGAUAUUUUCUUAAACUUCUAAUGGUAUUUUUUGGUUUAAGUACACAGUCAGGUAUUUUUAUCUCUGCAUGGUUUUGUGGCUGUGGCUUAUAAUCAUAGGCGGCUUACAUCUUUUAAGAAUCCAAUUUGCUACAGCUUAUACUCGAUGGUGGCUUAUACAAAAGGGAGCUAUAAUUGAAUUAAUACAGUAUAUAUUUCCUAGCUUACAGUAUGUCUUGAAAUAUAUUUUUUCAAAGCCAUUUCAACCUCUGCACCGACUGAAAUGGUGCUUCAGUCUAAGGGAAAAUCAUCAAAAGCUCCUCUAAUGCGUGCAAUGGCUUGAUUUGUUUAAUACGAAGCACACACAGUCAAUCUCUCAUGCAUUCUUGACUUUGAAAAUGGAGAGUAAUUAUUACUUACCUAUAAAUCCGAUUGAUCUUCCGAGAACGAAAAGCCCAUUCAAUGCCCCUAUUGAUAUAUAUUCAUCGGCUUCUUCUCUAUUACAAGAAAAAAGUCAAAAUUAAUUCUAUUUUCCUGCUUUCAUCUUUCCUAAUAAGGUUUUCUGUAAAUAUGUUUCCUUCACCUCCGCAUAACCAAUUUUUACACUUUUUCCUUUUGUUGCUUGUGUACAUUUUUUGCAUUCAAAAAACCAAAAUGCUGGAGAUGUAAAGAAUAUAGGAAAGAAGGACAGUGGGCUCCGUUUUGGAGACCACGCCUUUUAAAAUGCUUGGCAACUCCUCCAGCCAUAAUAACUGCCUGCAAACAAGUGGCGCAUUAAUAGAAAAACUUUUGAAAAUAAAAUACUUUCCAAACCAAAAACAUCGACUGGGCCUUAUGGGAUGACAAGUAAAACUUACAGCUAGCCCAUAAAUUAGUUAUGAAAAUGACAAAUCAAGAUGACUAUGUUUGUUUGCAUCUAUAUCUGCUUCGAAGUAUUCAAAAAGAGCUAUCUACUUAAUACAGUACCUUUAAUUGGCAAGUGGGCCACAGAAAAGAGAAAGCAAAA